AUUUUGUUGUGUGCAUUCCUAUGAUGUGAUUAUGCUGUUUCUCACCAUGAAUGGUUAUUUUUACACAUAAUAAAGCAGGCUAGUAUAUUCACAUGCAUUAUAGCUAGAACAAUCCAUUGCUUUAAAAAUGUAAUUGUUACCUGGUUUUUAUAUUUAGUGUUCAACAAAAAUUUAUUUAGUGUUCAAAAAAAAUAUGCAGGAGCCAAUGUAGACUGUAAAAUGAGGGAGAAGCUUAGCUUUACUGUGGAGUCUGAGCUGGGUGUAACCUAACUAGCUAGAGGAUAUGCAAUUCCUGAUUGACAGCAGGACCAGCAUUAUGCAGAUUUUGUAAGGGAGAACACUCAGCUCAGAAACAGUGAUUAGAGCUCUGUUAGGAAUCACUACAUUCACCACUCAUAUCUUUUAGUUUUCGGUCUACUGAAUUUGUAAACAAAUGGAACAAAACCGUUUCUUUUUUGUUUUUAUUAAAGUGAUACUGCAGUGCAGUUUCAGUCUGACAGGCAUACAUGUGUGAAAAUUUGAUAUUCUCACUAAAUUAGUUAAUUUUUAGCUGUGUUCAUGCUUAUCUUUAGACCUUUGUGCAUUAAAUUCUAUCUGGAGCUGUUCUCUUUAUACACAAGUGUGUUUUGCUUGUGCCUUCCUGUCUUCUUCAGUGAGAAGCUUUAUGUAGGUCAGGCUUGGCUUAAGCAGAUUUCCUGAACCUGCGUCAGCUUAAGCUGGAGGAAUUUUAAUAAACCCUCCCCUGUAGGCGUGGGCCUAAAUGAGGCUAGCCUAGUUAAGCCUGAUCUUUUUCUGUUUGUGAAAAGAGCUGAGCAGAGCUGAAGGCUGCAUGGUGGUUUCAGAAACUGCCUACUUAAUUUGAAAAGAACAAUGGUAGGAAAGGCUAGAUCUUCCAAUUUUACUUUAUCUGAAAAGCUUGAUUUGCUAAAGCUUGUGAAGCCAUAUGUGAAAAUUCUCGAAGAACACACUAAUAAACAUUCAGUCAUAGUGGAAAAGAAUAGAUGUUGGGAUAUCAUAGCAGUUAACUAUAAUGCAAUUGGAGUAGAUCGCCCUCCUCGAACAGCGCAGGGCCUACGCACCCUUUACAAAAGGCUCAAAGAAUAUGCCAAACAGGAGCUAUUGCAGCAAAAAGAGGCCCAAUCAGAUUUUAAAAGCAAUAUUUCUGAGCCAACCAAGAAAGUUAUGGAGAUGAUUCCCCAGAUUUCCAGUUUUUGCCUGGUAAGAGACAGGAACCACAUACAAAGUGCGAACUUGGAUGAACCUGCACAAGCCGGUACCAGUUCACUACAGGUAAUGUUGGAUCACCAUCCUGUUGCUAUUACAGUGGAGGUGAAGCAAGAAGAAGACAUUAAACCACCUCCUCCACUGGUUUUAAAUCCUCAACACAGCGAUGUUUUAGAGCAAAGAGAAGAACAUGAAUUAGUACAUGUUAUGGAAAGAUCUUUGUCACCAUCACUUUCCUCUGUUGAUAUGAGAAUGACAUCAUCUCCAACUUCUACUCCAAGGAGAGAUGAUUUUUUUCGGCAUGAAAGUGGAGAACAUUUUAGGUCUCUAUUAGGGUACGAUCCUCAGAUCCUGCAAAUGUUGAAAGCAGAGCAUCAGAUAAUUUUAGAAAAUCAAAGAAAUUUUGGAUUAUAUGUUCAGGAGAAGAGGGAUGGAUUGAAAAGAAGGCAGCAGCUAGAGGAAGAGCUACUGAGAGCAAAAAUUGAAGUGGAGAAGCUGAAAGCAAUUCGCUUACGGCAUGAUCUACCUGAUUAUAAUAAUCUUUGAGGUCUUUUUAAGUUUUUCAAUUUGAUUAUUUAAAUUUUGUCCAAAAUUACUUUGGGAAUAUUCUGAAGCAAAUAGAUGUAUGGAAAAUGUUGUUAAUAUCUAUUAUGGAAAAACUUUGACAUGAUUUUCUUUUUUUGCGGGGGGGGGCAUGGUUUCCUAAUUAUUUGACUUUCUUUUUGGAUAUCAAAACUUACUGAUGUGUUGAUUGGUAAUAUUUUUCCUCCAAUUUAUUUUUAGUUAUUGCCCUUAUAGAUGGCCUUUUAUUUUAAUCAUUAAAAUAUAUACAAAUAUGUAUAUAUAAACAUAUUCUCUCAAAGUUCUGUCUUCAGCACUUUGGGUUAGAAGUUUGAAACAUAUAGUUAAAGGUUUUAAAGUCAGUCCAAUUUAGAAACUAUACUGACUCAAUAACAAGAAGCUUUUCUCUGUGGCUGCAGAUGCAGCUUGGUGGUAGAGCACUUACUUUGAGAUGUACAAAGCCCUGGGUUUGAUCCCAGUACCACAAUCACCACCACCACCACAAAAAAACCUUAUCUGUAUGACACUGUAGUUUUUUUUUUUUAACUAGAGGUUUAUUUAUAGUUAUACACAGUAGUUGGAUUAAUCCUGACACACUCUUACAUGCAUGGAAAUUGUUUUCAGUUCAUGAUUCUCCCCGUUUUCUUUCCCAUCUUCUUCCCCUCUCCCAUUCUUCUUCCUCUACUAGAUUUCCUUUUGCUCAUGUAUUAAUUCAUAUUUGAUUGGCUCUUUAUAUUCUAUCCUCCCCUCCCACUUUCCUUUGUUUUAUUUUAGCUUCUGCAUAUGAAAGAAAAUGUUUGUUGAAUUUCUGAGUUUGGCUAAUUUCACAUAGCAUGAUAUUCUCCAUUUCCAUCCAUUUACUGGCAAAUGCCAUAAUUUCAUUAUGACACUAUUUUUUAUGUUUUCAUCUUUUGAAGGAGUAAGUCUUAGAUUUUAGAGAUGGAAAACAUUUGGAAAAUACUUUUUUCCUCCUCUUUAAUUUAGAGGUAAUGAAAUAGGUCCCAGGUCCAAGGAGAACUCAGUGACUUACUGCGGUAACAAAGCUUCAGCAGUGCAAGGACCAGUAUUCAUUUUUCUUUUCUCCUCCCCUCCUCCCAAUUUAUUCUAUACAAGUAAAAAUCUGCUAAAAUAUCCUCCAGAUUUCUAGAUUUAAAAUUUUGAAGAAUUUAUUUAAUUAAAGCUACUUUUAAGACUUGGAAUGUAGUUUAGUGGUAGAGUGUUUGACUAGCAUGCAUGAGGCCCUAGGUUCAAUCUGCAAGACCACAAACAACAGCAGCAACAAAAGAUUACGGUUAACAAUUGUUAGGUUAAAACCAAGGGAAUCAUAACCCUUUCUCUUUUUUGUUCUAUAAAUUGAGAUCUGAUAUCAUACUGAAGUUGUAUUUUGACUGUGUGAUUGAAAGUUCUUUCCUAUUUCAUUUUCCUGAAAUAGGUUUCUUUAAAAGUAAAAAUCAGUGAAAAAUGAAAAUUUUACUUUGAAAAUAGCAAAAUAUCUUAUGUUUAUAAUUUAAUGAGAUAGCCUUGUUUCAGGUAAACAUUGCUAUUUUAGUAUUUGUGGAAAUAAAACCUUGAUUUUUUAAAGAACACAUUAAACUUUUGUUAAAUUUUUAAUAUGUGUUUUACUUAAGAAUAUCUAUUUGGCUGGGAUUUUGUUGAGAAAGAAUUUUAAAUCAAGCUUGAGAAUGGGCAACUAGAAUUUCAGCAAUACAGGGAGAAAGGGUGUUUGAAGUCAGAGUGAGCUCUCGAAAAAAGGAAUGGAGAGUGGGAAAAAAAUGAUCAGGAUGUGCAAGCAAAAAUGCAAUGCUAAGCCAGGUGCUUUAAAGUGAAAUUACAGAGACCCAAUUCAGACUCUGGUAACCUAGACUAGGACACCUCUUUGGAGCUUCUGUUUAACUUGAGUAGAAUUUUACUUGCAGGAGUAAACCAGAAACCUGCAGUAUACAUAAUAUUUUUCAAUUUUAAAAUAUUCACAAAUAAUUCAAAAUGUCUUUCAGAUACCAUGUAGACAUGUGAGUGGGCUUCAUUCAGCCAUGGGGCUUCCAGUUUGUGACUUUUUGGAGUAGAGCUAUCAUUCUCCAAGUGUAGUGCUUUGUAACAUCAGCAUCACUUGAGAACUUAUUAGAAAUUCCAUUUGAAUCAGAAAUUUUUGAGGAUGGCGUCCUGCAGUCUUUUGUAAUAGGCCCUCUUAUGGAUUCUAAUGCUGGUUAAAAUUUGAGUCAAUGAGAUAAGUUUUAUGUAUUUUUAAAAACAGUAUUGGGGGUUAAAUCCAGUAAUUUUUUCAGAGUUAGUCUUGUUUGAUUUUGAUUUGCAAAAGUUUAAAUGUAUUUUAAAGACAUGUUUAAAUAUCUGAGCUACAUCUCUAACCCCCGCCCCCUUUUUUUUUGAGAUAGGAUCUCACUAAAUAGCCUAAGGCUAGCCUGGAACUCUCAAUUCUCCUGUCUUCAGCUUCCUGAGUUGAGGUGCCUCACUGCACCUGGCUUGAAAUAAGAGUAUUUUACAGCCUAACUUGGUGCCUAAAUCAUGUUAGACUCUCAAAAAAAAGUUUUGUGGAAAAGCAGAAUGGGUUGAAGUAAGCAAAGGGAUAUCAAUUUGGAUGUUGGUUGGUGCCAGAUAAUGGAUUAAAUAAAAUGCUAUUUUAAGGAGUCAGACUUAACUGAAUAUACAAUGGGAAGCCACUGCAAAUGUUUGAUUAGGGGGACAAUAUACUAGAGCUGUAAUUUAGGAAGAGAGUAUAGUAGCAUUUAGUAGUAGGCAUUGUAGUGAGAGAAAACUUAAUUGGAAAUUUAGGUUGUGGCUAUAGAAACAAAAAAUAAACUCUUGUGGGUACUAUUUUAGCUUAUUGAUUACUUAAUUUCAUUAGAUGAAUUAAAAAACUUUUUAUACCUUGUAUUAGAGUUAAGCUUUUUAUUAUAGAAAUGUCUUGGGUAUAAAUCAUAUUCAUUUGACAAUUUUAUCUUCUCUAUUUCAUCUGUGCUAUGACUUUCCUUUGAGUGUCACGAGUCCUCUAAUUUGAGGUAGUAUUUUUAUAAUUCUAGUAAAUACUUCUUUAGACAGUUUUACUUUUUGAAAUUACAAUGCAAAUUAUUUAUAUGAUAUUUAAUCACAUAUUCAGCAUGCUAUCACUUGAAAUUGAUGAGUGUUAAAGUAUUGACUUCAUACAACAAAAUCAAUUUAACAAAAUGUGUUUUGUGGAAUGUUAAUUCUCUGAGAUGUUCCUAGAAUAUUUUUCUGUUCAAAAAGUACAACAUACCUCUUUUGGUAGUUUGGUUCUAAAGUCAUUGUACAAGGUAAAAAAAAAAUCAUGUAUAUACAAAAUGGUAUGUAAUUAUAUUGCCUUUGAAAAUUCCUUUAUUGCCCAUCAAAUGGCAUAAUCUGGUAAUUGUAUUUUUCUCCAGAAUUAUACAAAACUUGGUUGUUUCAAGGGACACAAUUCAUUAGCAUUUAGGGCUGUGCAGAUUAAGAAACUUUAUUUUUAUGUAUUUUUAAAUAUCAGAAUUACAUUCAUUGGAGUAAGUAUACUAAAGUAAUUUUUUCUGAGUCAAUCUUGUUUGAUUUUGAUUUGCAAAAGUUUAAAUGUAUGUAAUUUUCCAUUUUCUAACCACUUCCUCCAUACACACCAUGAUUACCAUAGUGUAGUUUAUAAGAAUUUCUGAAUAAAGAAAAUUGCUCGUUUCACCACAGAACAUUUUUUUGGAGGUUGUUUAUUAUCUUUUAAAGUAUCUUAGGGAAAUUAUGAGUUAACCAUUUUUUUUUUGAUAUUGAGAUAUUUUGAGUUUGGGGACUAUUUACCAACUUCCAUUAGCAGUUUUUUUUUUUGAGGACAGUAUCACUAAUGGGAGGAAGAAAUUCUGCUAGUACCAGUGGUGUAUACAUGGAACCUUCCAGACAUCCUACGUAUGGAAUUUUAUCUAUAACAUAUAGUACUGGGAAAAUAUAGAGAAGAGUGAAUUUAUUUUGAUUUUAGAUUUGAUUCUGUAGAAGUAUUUUAAAUUUGAAAAUUAAAUUGAAAGUUUAUUUCAUUCAAUGUAUUAAUCUAGGUAGUGGAUAGGUUAUUUUUGCCAGCUUUCUGUCUUCCUUUUUAUCCAUAUGAGCUUAAAUGGAUAUGUUGUCAUUAUUAUAACUUAUGAUUUUCUAAACUAGAUAUGAUUUAUAAUAAGAAAAAGCUUAAUUUUAUAAGAAAAGCUUAAUUUUCUCAUUUCUAAUAAAUGCCAGGUUUCUUGAAAUAUUAAAAUUUUUCAUUUUGUGUAAUGAAACAACUUGGUAUUUCACUUUUGAAAGAGUUGAUCUUCCCUUUUCCAUCUUUUUGUGAUAAUGUUUAAAAUAUGAAUAUUUUCCAUGUGCCUUCUUUUAGAAUAAUCUGGUAAUUGUAUUUUUCUCCAGAAUUGUCCAAACUUGGUUUCAAGUGACACAAUUCCUUAGCAUUUAGGGCUGUGCAGAUUAAGAAACUUUAUUUUUGUGUAUUUUUAAAUACCAGAAUUACAUUCAUUGUAAUAAGUAUACUAAAGUAAUUUUUUUCUGAGUCAGUCUUGGUUGAUUUUGAUUUGCAAAAGUUUAAGUGUAUUUUAAAGACAUGUUUAAAUAUCUUAGAGUGCAAUAAAUUAUAUUUAAUAUAUACCACUGAUGAUGGUGGUUAAGCAAAUGAUUUAUUAAUACAUAUUCUUUUAAUUACAAUUAAUACAUUAUAUUGAUUUGUAUUUUUUUAUUACCGCCCCCCCAAAAGAAUUCAAUACAAUAGAGUUGAAAUUUUUUGAUGAGGUAUAAUUGAAAUAAAUUUAUUUAGAUGAUUAUAUAAUACCAAAUGUACCUAUCUAAAUAUUAUAUUUUUUCAAAUAUUAAGACCCACAAAUUCUCAAAAUCAAAAUUUGAUAGUGAAGGUUGUGGUUGUAGCUCAGUGGUAGCAGUUGCCUAGCAAGAGUGAGGCACUGCUUUUAUUCCUCAGCACCACAUAAACAAAAAUAAAAAAUAAAGAUUAAAAUCUUU